AGAUCGUCAGUCAUCAAGGUUAGGCUUUUAAUAUUUUUCUUUUGUUCCGACGAGAAAUUCGCAUUUGUUUUCUUUUGUUCCGACGUGUUGUGCAUCUUGGAGUCUUCCCGCACGAAGCCAGGUCAUGAUUUUCCGUGCGCGUUCAAAGUAAGAUUUGAAUCUAUGAUGACUCUCAACCUGCUCAUGAGAUCUGUUCGAUGGUGGAGUUAGCUUAAUGUGAAAUGAUGGACCAACAUCUCGCGAUGAGGACGACGUCGCCGUCUUUGGUCUACGAGGAUGGGAAUCGGUUCAGUCCCCAAUCCUCUCGUUGUCGAGGUGAGAAUCUUUCCGGCCACAGAGAAGACCUUCCGUUGCUUACGAGUCUGGAGCUGGACGCGAGGAGAAAUGAGGAUAUUAAAAGGACGAUCUCAUUAUCAUCAACUCCGUCUUCGUCUUCCACAAAUCCAAGUCCGUUCACGACUGUUCCGCUAGGCAAACGCCUGACUCCGCCGGCUCCGGGCCGUUGCUCUCCUCGUGGCAUGGCAGGAAGACAGGUUGCCAAGUUUCUCUUUUUCAGCGCAACAUCGACGCAGCAGAUACUCCACGCUGCCUGUAAAGCGGAGGAUACCGUUGCAUCCGCGGUGUUGAGUGGGGCUUUUGUUGACACGACGACGAACCGACAAACCACGCAAAAUCUUCGCGGAACGGCAACAAAUAUAGGAACACCGGUGGAAUUGGCGCAAGGUCAAAGCUCUACUGGCGCGGACACGACGAAUAUCAACGGGGGAGUGGUGAACCUUGACAAAAGUCCUGUAACGUCAGAGCAGCCUGGUCCACUGCAGCAGGGCGAUAGUACUCGUGGUGUUGCAGAAGCUAGUACAGGAAAUGUUGACGACGGUCUGUCAUCGCAUCUGCAGCAAACACAAGCGCCUGGUGAGGAGAACGUGGUUGACGGCACAUCGAACACUCUAACCACGUCCGGCCCUCCCGGUCCCUCUUCAGGGGUAGCAACAGCAACGGAUGACGGCAGCGGCUCCUCUUCUUCAAGUAGCAGCACAGGAGCCGUCGCUUCGGGCGACGCGGCUGGUGACAAAAAGAUAGGACUUCCAGUGUCGCCGUUACUGCACUCGUCCUCUGCAACGUCGUCCGGAGCAAAUAACGCAAACGGUAAUAAUGCUGCGAAAGGCGAGCAACUUUCGAACGCGUUUUCGGCUGCCGGAUCAGCUGCACUGAAUUCCCCGCAGAUGCAACAGGACGGCUUCGUAACGAAAUUUAUCGCGAACAUCGCGCUGCUGUCUUCCGUGGCGCUAAUGUUAUCCCCGGCACAGUUUUUCUACCAGCUUGUGAUAACGCGCGGCGAAAAUAUCAAACAGAGUCGAAAGCAGCUGAUUCUCCUGCUCCCCUACCUGCUUCUUUGGGUAUCAGCGAUGCUGUGGGCGACCUGGGCGUACCUAGACAGCCGCCCGGAGAUUUUCCAACUGCAGUGUCUGGGUGCAGUGGUCUACGGCUUCUACGUUGUGAUCUUCUGCUGCGGCGCCACCGCCGCACAGAAGGGACAAAUCCAGUCCGUCGUCGCAGGGACAAUGGCACUUGUUUCCUUUACCAGCCUGCAGGGAGCGUGUGUCAUGGAUCCGAAACAUAGUACCACUUCUCGUUAUCUUGAUCUACGUAAAACGACUUGCUGUGUGUAGUACGAGUACCUACUUGAAACCAUAUUUAUUUUUAUAGAAGAAUCAAACUGAGCCUGAUUCAGGCUCAGGUCUUUUUGAAAGCCAGCGAAAGACUACGACGAUGUCGGCACCAUCUCUGCUUGAUGCUAGUGGAGCAAAGAUUUUGUGAAAAUCAAAUUUAUCGCAAUUCGACACCCAGGUAAAUUUCUCUUCGCCUACUCCGCCCUGAGCUUCCAAAUUCUGUUGUACAUGGUUCCGUUUAUCCAGCUUGCAGACGUCGUUCGCACCGGCGUGGUGGCGGUUUUUCCUUUGCCGCUUUGCUUUGUCUCCAUGAUGUCUUCUUUUUUGUGGACCUACUACUCGUGGAUCAAAUGGAGCCCCGCGUUUUGGUACUCUUCGUAUUUUUCAUGGUUUGAAAAUUAUGAGCAAGUCGCUUUACAACUUACUACAGAUCAUGAGCAAGUCUAACAUAAAGAUCGUCCCUACACCAGCCGACUUGGUGUUGAAUGAACGUGGGUGUUUCGCUAUCGCGCCCGCAUUUGCAGUGUGUGUGUGUGUGUGUGUGUUUUUUUCUGAUAUUCUACCAUUGCAAACAAUUUGCAUACACAGGGCCGCGUCCCUCGCGGGUUUUGUCUUCAACGGGAUGCAGGUUUCCGUCGUUCUCUACAUUCAAUGGAAAUACGGCAAAUCCAUCGUGGACUCCUGCAAGCUUGAAGCGCCGAUAGCCAACGGCCGGCUCCCGUUUCUCAUGCAGCACGGGUACCAGAUCGAUCUGCGAAAGGCUCGGAGCAUGCGUUCGCAGUUUCGGAGUAAGAUGGGCACGACCAUAAAGGCGGAGGAUCACGUUUUCUACAACCAACACCUACACUCCGGGGAUCUGCAUUAUGGAUGUGUCAGGUUUGAAAUCGUCAGAGUUGAAAUAGUUUGCAAUGCAUAAAAUGGAUGCCAGUUGGAGCCCAGUUUUCAAGUGGCGCAUGACAAGUUUUCGCGGUGCCUAAAUCCAGUUUGUAAUGCUGUUUGGGUAAGGAAGACGCCUUUUGUCAUGCUACUUAAGCAGCUGUAUUCCUACCCCUCAACAGGCUUGCAAUCUGCCUCCCUUGCCUACUCUGCAAGACAGGAACUUUGCGGGUUGCAUUUUAUGCAUCACAAAUUAUUUCAACUUUGACGAUUUCAAUCCUGACGCUUCCAUAUGCAUCCUCUCGGCAGUCGCGUGGGCGACGGGAGCGUGCUGAUCGACCACGGAAUGACGGGCCAGGAAAUUACGGAAACUGGGUUCGGUAUGGAAGCGUCAGGAUUGAAAUCGUCAAAGUUGAAAUAAUUUCUCACGCAUAAACUGCAAGGCAUGAAGUGCCUCUCUUGCAGGGACCGCAAGUGAGGCCGACUGUCAGCCUGUUUGGGGUCUGCGGUAGAGCUGCUGAAGUAGCAUGACAAAAGACGCCUUCUGUCCCAAAACAGCAUGACAAACUGGAUUUAGACGCGGCCGGCAUUUGUCAUGCACCGCUUGAAAAUUGGGCUUCCAACUGGUAUCGAUUUUAUGCAUUACAAGUUAUUUCAACUUUGUCGAUUUCAAGCCUGACACUCCCAUAUCCGGAGGCGGGACCGGCAAAGGGGGAGGCACAGGCGGGAAAAAUGGUGGGGCUGCCACUGGAGGCUCGAAACCGGGAGAGAGGACGCGACUGCUACACGCAACCCGCUUGUAAAAAGUUGACAUUGAUUUUUGAACAAGUGAACACAGGCGCUGAGUUGUAUGUCAUCGACAAUAUUUUUUAAGAAGAGCGACGGCGUCCUCCUGUGAUCGUGGCGACGUCAACUGGUUCGAAAGAAGAUCGAGAUGACCACAUUGAAGCGCUGCCAAUUGGCCUUGUAUGCCUUCUCAAUAAGUGAAGACGUAACUGCUUGUCCCUUAGGUUACUACUGACGAGCCCAAAUGUGAUGAAAUUGAAGGACGAUUUCCACCGCCAUCUUCAUGUAGCUUCAAGCUUGUAAAAAUUAAGAUUGUAAACGACUUCUUCCGAUGUUUGAAUUCGUACUCCAAUCAAUCCAAUAGUUUUCAUGUACAAGAAGAGGGUGGGCGAGCUCUAACCUAAUGUGUAAACAAACGACCAAGACAUAAUUUAGUAUUUCGAAGAAAGAGAAAGACAAAAAACUGCCUUGCUUUUUCUCGAAAGCAUUAAACCACGGCCAGCGGAGUAUGAUUUUAAGCAGGACCACCGUUGUCGUUUUGUCUUGGCCUGUUGCGUGCUUCUUAUUUUGUUGCCGUCGCAUCAAACGAACGCGGCGCGCUAGAGAAAAAGCUGUGUGUCUCCUGAUCGUGUUGCUUCUGGACCCGUAGAAAGCAAAAUCG